GUCUACUUAGCAAGUUCUAAGCCAACCAGGGCUGCAUAGUGAGAUCCUAUCUCAAAAUAAAAAAAUAAGUAUUAAAGUACCAUAUGAUGGAUCCUUCAUCCCAUUGCAGACCUGUCUGGGCUCAAAGCAGCAUGUAUGCACAUCUACAAGCCCUAUGGCAGUUUGAUUGGACUGAAAGGUAUACAGAGGUCAUUUUGUCAUAAGACAACCUGAUGCUCUGACACACAUCCCAGGUUCGGCAACUUCACCGUGCUGCCUCCUUCUUACCUCUUCCACAUUAGAACAACACAGCCCUGGUUUGGCUCCCGUUGCUCCACCACAGGCUGUGCCUCCUUGAACCCCACACCUUGCUUCAUUGAGCUGUAGGCAGCCACAGAAGGAUUGUAAGGCUCGCAGGAGAAAGUCUGCCCAGCACACAGUCAGCCGUAUGUUUUCCACGUUCCCAUUUCACGCACUCAUGGAUCUCCAGUCUGAUAGGCUGCUGAGAGCAGACCCUCAUGCACCUGGACUCCUCCUCUAGUGCUCUCAACAGGGAAGUGGUGGCUCCUGACCAGACACACAGCCGCCUAUGACUUCCUGAGUGGGGCUUGGGAGGAAGACGCUGCUGAGUCUGAGGUGCGGAGGUCUUGGGCUUAAGUGAGGUAGAGCCCUGUUCAUUUGUCACCAUCAUGACUCAUGCACAAUGCCACAGGCAGGGUGGGGUCAUCGGAGGCCUUUCUGCUGCCUCUGGUUGCCUCAGUCAUAGACCCUAGAGACCACUUGUCGCAAUCCAUUUUUUUUUUCGGACAUAGAGUAGCCAAGUAACAGUGUGAGAAAGUGACAUUUACCUGAGGCCACCCAGAUACCCUGGAGGACCCAGAACUUGAAUUUUGGACCCUGGGGAUUCCCAUGAGAAAGACCUUCAAGCCACCUGAAACCCCAAGAUGGCCUCCAGCUCAGCCCCUGAUGAAAACGAGUUUCAAUUUGGUUGCCCCCCUGCUCCCUGCCAGGACCCACCGGAGCCCAGAGCUCUCUGCUGCACAGCCUGUCUCUCUGAGAACCUGAGAGAUGAAGAGGAUCGGAUCUGUCCUAAAUGCAGAACAGACGACCUUCAGCCUGUGAGCCCAGGAAGCCUUCUGACUCAGGAGAAGGUUCACCCUGAUAUAGCUGAGGCUGAAAUCAUGUGUCCCUUUGCAGGUGUUGGCUGUUCCUUCAAGGGAAGCUCACAGUCCAUGCAGGAACACGAGGCCACCUCCCAGUCUUCCCACCUGUACCUGCUGCUGGAGGUCCUAAAGGAGUGGAAAUCCUCACCAGGCUCCAACCUGGGCUCUGCGCCCAUGGCACUGGAGAGGAACCUGUCAGAGCUGCAGCUUCAGGCAGCUGUGGAAGUGACAGGGGACCUGGAAGUAGACUGCUACAGGGCACCUUGCUGUGAGAGCCAGGAAGAACUGACCCUGCAGUACUUCCUAAAGGAGAAGCUGCUGGCUCAGCUGGAGGAGAAGCUGCGUGUGUUCGCAAACAUCGUUGCUGUCCUCAACAAGGAAGUGGAGGCUUCCCACCUGGCACUGGCCGCCUCCAUCCACCAGAGCCAGCUGGACCGAGAGCACAUCUUGAGCUUGGAGCAGAGGGUGGUGGAGUUACAGCAGACCCUGGCUCAAAAAGACCAGGUCCUGGGCAAGCUUGAGCACAGUUUGCGACUCAUGGAGGAGGCGUCCUUUGAUGGUACUUUCCUGUGGAAGAUCACCAACGUCACCAAGCGGUGCCACGAGUCAGUGUGUGGCAGGACUGUCAGCCUCUUCUCUCCAGCGUUCUACACUGCCAAGUAUGGUUAUAAGUUGUGCCUGCGCUUAUACCUGAACGGAGAUGGCUCAGGCAAGAAAACCCACCUGUCCCUGUUCAUUGUGAUCAUGAGAGGAGAAUAUGAUGCUCUACUGCCUUGGCCUUUCCGGAACAAGGUCACCUUUAUGCUACUUGACCAGAACAACCGUGAGCAUGCCAUUGAUGCCUUCCGGCCUGACCUGAGCUCAGCCUCCUUCCAGCGGCCACAGAGCGAGACCAACGUGGCCAGUGGCUGCCCGCUCUUCUUCCCUCUCAGCAAGCUGCAGUCAUCCAAGCACGCCUAUGUAAAAGAUGACACAAUGUUCCUCAAAUGCAUUGUGGACACCAGUGCCUAGGGAUGGGGGAGGAGAGUGUCUCCUGACUGGAACCAGCUUAGACUGGGAGACUUAGCUAGACAGCCAGGCCCUGCCCUUGGAGCCCACAGUCCAGGACAAGGAUGGGCCGAGGCUGGCAUGACUUGAGCGGCACAGGAUCUUGGCUGUGGCUACAACGAGACUGGAAGGACUUGAGCUGUGUGUACAGAGACAGUGGAGAAGAAGAUAGAAGUGCUGUCUUCACACAGACUACACAACACCAGUCGGCCAGCAUGCCAGCAGGUCCAGAAUGCUGAGACCAGCUUAGAUCAGGAUGAAGAGAGCCUGGCCUGAGGCACGGACAUUGAGCCGAGGCUGUGGGGCCUAAGUGGAGGGGCACUCCUACUAGACAUUCUCUGGAGGUCAGGGUAUAACUGGGAAAAAUGCCCCAUCUCUCUGUUCAGACUCAAAACUAGGUCACAGGGCAGAAAGAAGGGUCAGACAUUAAUGUGAAUUUAACCUGUCCUGGACUGAGUUCCUAUGUUAACAGACAUGCAAACAGGUAAACCCAGAAGCUGUCCUGCUUGCUCAUUGGAAUUAAAGAUCUUUGAUGUUUUUACAGAUAAAACAAACAAACAACAAAAGCCUUGAA